GAUAAACACGGCACAGACGCGCACGCACGCCUCCCCCCUUUUGUCUUCCGUGCGUAAUGGGCGUGCGUCGGGAUUCGGCUUUUGGUUCCUUGUAGAAGAAGGAUCACUUUUCCAGUUUCGGCAGCCAAAACAUUUCCGGCUUUUGCGCUCACGAGUUUUCCAAAUCCUCUCAGAGGAAAAGUCUGCGGAAUAACCAGCAUCGAGGCGUCGUGAUGAUGGAUUCGCGGAGUUUAGCUGCUGCUCUCCUGCUUCUUUUCGGUUUGGCGACAGUUUUCGCUCAGACUUCCGCACCUGGCAAAGCGUGUGAGACGAAGAAUGGGACGAGCUGCGAGGAAUGUCUGCAGAAUGUGACGUGCCUUUGGUGCAUCAAGACCAAGAUGUGUCUAACGUAUCCAGCGAGGACCAUCCUUCCUCCCCAUGCACUCUGUCCACUGAAUGACGCACGCUGGGGGCUCUGCUGGAUGAACUUCCAGACGUUGAUAAUCACGUUGGCAGUGAUUGGUGGAAUAAUCAUCAUCGCCUUCCUGGUCUGCCUGUUCUGCUGCUGCAAGUGUGAGAACUUUGGAUCCAAAAGGGCGGAGGCCAAGAUGGAGAAACAGGCCAAUAAGACGAGAACCAAGCAGGAGGAAAGGCGGGCAGAAAUGAAACAGAGACAUGACGACGUCCGGAAGAAAUAUGGUCUAAGUGGGCCAAACCCAUACUCCAAAUUCUAAACCACGACCCUUCUGUUUUUCCCUGAACUCCGACCUCUCAUGCAUGAUACAUCAACAUGUUUUGCAGGCAUGAGAAUGUCUGUAAACUAUAAUUUAAAAAAAGUGUGCGUUGUUUUGUAUGUAUCCAUAUCUAUGCAUUUCUAUAUAGAGAUAUGAAGUCAGGCUUGUCUGGCUUCCUCCAGCCAAUGAACAAGGAUGUUGUGUUCAAUGUGCUGACCUAAGAGGCUGUAACUAAAAGCUAGAAUAGACGUGUUGCAGCAGUGUUCUUCAAUACUACAAUAGUCUUCCCUGUGGCUCUUAUAGAAUACGUCUAGUUGUACUAUUUAUUAGGAAUAACUCAAGUUUAAUUGUACAAAAUGGGGAAAAGAAAAAAUCAAUUCUGUUUUGUCUAAUUAAAAUCUGUUGCACCUGUAAAUCUAUUUUACUCCUCUGAGUUGCUGCUGAUUUAGCAAUCUUCUCUGGGAAUGAUAGCCUAUUUUUGUACUUGGAUGUAGAUUUCCUCUCUAGUUCCAAAUUGCCUCAUUCCUUGUCAAAAUCUAGGUAUGUAUGUUUCACAAAAAAACAUUUUCAGUUCAAUUCAUUUUGGAUUUUUUAAUUUGUUGAUCGUGGAUUUGGAUGUUUAUGUAAUUCUACAUUUGCCGUAAUUCUAAAUAGAAGACUUUGGAUUAAUUAUUCAAUUAGUGCAGAUACUUUUAUUGCUUGUAUGUUGUCUGCACUGUGCUUUUAUUAAAACUGUGUUAUUAAAAGGUGAAAGUUCAUUGAUUAAA